UAGUUAAUCAAGCAAUCAACUAUAUAACGAGAUGGAGAACACUCGCUCGCCGAUGGAUAACCUCUUCAACAUGCUGUCGGGGUUCAGCGCGGGCCAGGAGAAGGCUUUGAAACAGGGGAUCUACAAUGCCGUUGCGCUCUUUUUCCUGUGCCUGGUAUCGGCGGCCGGCUAUGGCCUCUACAUUAUCCUACGUCCGUUCGUCAAGCCGCUGAUCUGGGCCCUGUUAUGCGGUUCCGUCCUUUUCCCGUUCAAGUGCACACUGGUUACGACGGUGCAGUCCUGGUUCACCAAGGUCGAGGCAUCGCAAACCCCGCUGAUCGUCAACGUCGGCCUGCUGCCCGUACACAUAUUCGACAACGUCUCCGAGAUGGUGGGCUCCUUCCUGUGGACACGCGUCAAGUACAUCAUCUGGGCAACGUCGUUAAUUCUGCUGGUCGCAGGCGUGUACCAUUACACCCCGAGCGCGAUAACGUGCCUCGCCUGGAGAUUAUUUCAGAUCUUCAAUGUCAUUUCUGGAUUCUUUAUUCUGACAUGCAACGUCUUUACGGUCUCUACCGUGCUCGUUGGUUACUUGACAGUUUUGUAUAUCUAUUGGUCACCAUCAAAUUCAGCUCGCUUUCGCUACAUGUCUUUCGUGAUGUGGCUCAUCAUCAGCAUGUACCUGUCAAGCACGGCGGGUGCUUAUCGGGUUCUAGUUUUUACCAUUCUGCAAAUCUUGUGCGCUAUAGGAUUUAUUUACGAAAUGAUACUUAUUAUGGAUGCUCACGAGCAGAACGGUAGACACAUGACGUUCUCGCAGGCGGCGCGUUUUGCUUUAAUGAACGAUUUCGCGCCGAGUCUGCAAGAGGAUAAGUCAGUCUGGGAGGAUAAGAAGCGAACGAACGAUUCCAGUAUUCCAGAGGGCGAGAGCAUAGACACACCAAUUCGCACUCGCGAAGAAACGGGAAGAUCGGCAUCCGCCGUCGACGUGAAAGAUAUCGGAAGACUGCAUAAUGUACCAAGGCUCGGCGUGAAAUCAAUGUCCUUGGACACGGACGCCGGCUUAUCUUCCGUAGCAGGCGGAAAUGCACGUAACGUGCAUUCUACAAUUCGUGCAACAUUACGCGAUCGCUAUCUGCUCGGUAAAUUAAGGCCCGAAUGGCGAAUGUCUCUGGAGACGCAGGAUGACGAGGUUGACACUGAUAAGUACAUGUACGGGGCACUGUACGCUUGUGCCGGCAUGCUUCUCUGGAAACACAGAUGGAUCGCGCACGUUUUGGUAAUCCCGCUAGCGUAUUACGUUGUCAAGCAAUUAGGUAGCUAUUUUGGCUUCUGGGAUAUGAUACUCCGACAUUGCGACUCGACAAUACAAACACUCCAGUUAUGGUGCAUGGAGCGGCAUCAGGCGCUCAUACCCUCCAAUAUCAGAGGCCUCUAUAAAGUAGGCAUUAUCGUGGACGAGAAACUGAGAAAUGUUCUGAAGAGCUCCGUCAAUGCGGUAGCCACUACAUCUGUGAUACUCGGCUUGAUUAUUUUUACCACUUGCGCAUCUAUUUUCAUUACAAUACAGAUUUACGCGGAAGGUUUGCAUCUUAUUCAAGUAACGGGUGAAAUAUUGAAUUCCACUUUUAUGAACAAUCCUGACAUCGAUUGGGUUCCGGAAAAGUGGGAAGAGUCCGUCAACAGUGUUUUAGAUAAUGCUUAUACAUAUGGUCGAAGCGCUAUAUCGGAUGGAAUUCGAAAUCUCGUGAAAGAUCUUGAACCGGCGAAAGCGGAACAGAUGGAGAAGAAAGUCUUAGAGCUUUGGGAUCGUCUCUAUCAAGCAUGGAUGAUGUCAAAUGAGGAUCCAGAACUCGUGGGUCCUACUGUAGAUGUUAUGUCUGCGUACUCCGCUUGGGAGAGUUUCAAAGAAACGUUUGGGAAAACACCUUUACAUUUAUUUAAUAUGACUAGCAUACAGAAUUUUGCCAAAGAAAAUAUUGGUAUUUUGAUGUCAGUGCUUGACUCUGUCUGGAGCAUCGUCAAAGGCAAUAUGUCUGUGAUACUAACCGUUUUUACGGAACUGUUCUAUAUCGUACUUAUGAGUGGAUCAGCGGUACUCAAUUUUGUACUCAGCACGGUUGUGUUCUUUACAACCUUAUUUUAUUUGCUCAGUUCCAGCAGUAAAACUUAUAAACCCAUCGAAUUGACAACAAUGUUUAGUCCUAUUAAUUGUCACAGCACACUGCACAUAGAAGGGUUUGCUGUAGCGCUACAAGAAGCAGUAAUUGGGGUAUUUGCGGCCACCUUCAAACUCGCCUCUUUCUUCGGCAUGUGGACGUGGUUUAUACAUAAUUUAUUCCAAGUUAAAAUUGUGUAUCUACCAUCGGCCUUCGCGACCAUGUUGGGGGCAGUUCCUUUCUUAGACGCGUAUUAUGCCUGUAUCCCGGCGACUAUAGAACUCUGGUUCACUAGCGGAUCGAUGAUUGCUAUCAGUUUUUUUCUCUUCCACUUCCUUCCGUGUAACAUAGUAGUGACGGAAUUUUAUAAAGAGAUUAAAGGUGGAGGACAUCCUUAUCUGACGGGUCUGUCAAUAGCAGGUGGAAUCUUUUGUUUAGGUGUAGAAGGUGCAAUUUUUGGUCCUUUGCUUUUAUGUUGUAUUAUGGUUGUUAUCAAUUUAAGUCGACGUUACUUACAUUCGCCUGAAGAGGAGGUCGUACUUUCGACGUAUCCCAGAAGAACUUCGCAAUAUGAAUCAAAAUAAUAUUAUGAUUUUAACACAAGUGAAUUUCUGCUUAACAAUAUCAUGAGUUACAGACUUGACUGCAGGUUUGGUUUUUACUAAGGAUGAAGAGUUUGAUAUUAAAUAUUUUAUGAAAGUCAGCGCUGUAUGAUGGCUGGACUAAACAUGCAGCGCAAACAGAUGUAAAGUGCUUUGUAUAUUGUUAUGUGAUAAGAGAACUAACACAGAGAAGUCUCUUAGCUUACGCUUAUUAGAUUUAUAGAUAUUUGUAUCAUACGGGUAAUCAAAACAAAUUAUUUUUUUACGCAUUCUUAAUAUUUCUCUUACGAAUUUGAUUUUAAGCAAUUUUGUAGCCUUCCGUCAUUUUUAUAUCAAAAGUUUCAUACAAAUUCAUUAUAGUAUUGUUACGAUAUGUUGUACGACGAUUUAAUAUAACUGAAAGAUUUCCUACAAAACCAAGCGAGUCUAAAAAAAUAAAUUUCAGAAAACAAAAACUUUAUUUUUAAACUAUUUGUUAUGUAAAUAUAAUCUUUUUUUCAGAUACAUAAUUAUAAGGUUUUCUAGACUGUAAUUUUCUGAUUAAUAUUCUGAGGAUACAUUUAAAAAAAAGUAAAUUUUUAGACAUGUUUGAUUUUUGGAAAUUUUAUAU